AAAAAACCGAAAGCGUGAAAACCCCACCAUGACCAUUAGUCUCGGUGCGAUUAUUUCCCCAGCUGAAAUCUCUGGUAUGAUUUCUCUCAGCGCCGCCGCACCGCUCGCUUAAAAACCUAGUUGUGAGAUAAAGUAUAUAGCGACUUCAGUAAUACCAAAUUGCUCAUCAUGGAAAUCAAGGUGGAUGGGAAUGAUGUCCCCUUAACAUUGCUGAAACAAGGCGCUGAAGCUAGAGUUUUUGAGUCAAUCUUCGUGGGGAGGAGGUCCGUUGUGAAGGAACGCUUCUCAAAGAAGUACAGGCACCCAUCACUGGACUCAAAGCUUACUCUCAAACGCUUAAAUGCGGAAGCUAGGUGCAUGACUAAAGCUAGACGACUUGGGGUUUCUACUCCAGUGCUUUAUGCUGUCGACCCUGUGCUGCAUACCCUAACAUUUGAGUAUGUGGAGGGUCCCUCUGUGAAAGACGUAUUCCUUGACUUUGGAUUACAAGGUGUCAUUGAAGAACGGAUGGAAGAUAUCGCGAUGCAGAUUGGUGAUGCAAUCGGCAAACUGCAUGAUGGUGGCCUUAUUCAUGGUGAUUUGACCACAUCAAAUAUGUUAAUCCGAAGUAACACCAAUCAGCUGGUUCUCAUUGACUUUGGACUGAGCUUCACAUCAACCCUUCCGGAAGAUAAAGCAGUUGAUUUGUAUGUACUUGAGAGAGCUUUGGUAUCAAUGCAUUCUUCAUGCGGGAAUGUGAUGGACCGGAUACUUGCUGCAUACAAGAAGUCGUCAAAGCAAUGGUCACCAACAUUUAACAAGCUGGCUCAAGUGCGACAAAGAGGUAGAAAGCGCACCAUGGUUGGAUGAGUUUCUUCACCUCUGGUCCACAUGAAAGUAAGAGAACAGGUGUCUUUGUGGAUUGAUUAAUGUCAUAUUGCAAUCUUUGAUUUUAAUGCCACCACCUCUGUUGCUUUUUUUGUGCGUGUAUACCAGACUACCAGUGAUUGAAAUCAAAUAAACAGUUAACAUUGAUUUGCAAGUUGUUAUGUACAAUUGGAUGUAAAAUGUCCCCCCUAAUUCCUUGGGGUGUUUCAGACAUCACGUCAAUCUAGUAUUGUAAUCAAAGUAUCUCGAACCAGUUCUUUGACUUUCAUAUUUCUACAAGGAAGAAGUCAUCUGAAUCAACUUGGCGUUAUUGUGGCGCAUGUGUAACACUUGGGUCGUGUAUUGAAUCUAGUGUUUUUUGAAUUGUGUUGCUUUCCUUA